AGGCUGUUUUUGGUUGGAAACUAGUGAAAAGAAUGUCUCCAGGUACCUCUGGUAAGAAUGUUAGGAGUCAUUCUGCAAAGAAACGGAAAAGAGGAUUGUAACUUUAAGAACCUUUUCUGUGAAUUCUGGGUGUGGUUUUCUAGGCUGAUUAGACACAGCUGGUGAUGUGUUUAAAAGAAAAGAAGUCGCAGUUUGAAUUUUGCCUGCCGGGAGAGAACACCCACAUGGUUCGCGUUUGUUGUUUUUGUAUAGCUGUAACAAAACCUUUGUUUGAGCGUUUUACACCGGUCUUGUGGUUAUGUCUGCCACCAGAAGAAAAACCACCUCCAUCAAAGAAAUACUACGGACAUAGAAGCCCUUGGACAAUCAGCACAUGCAGACAAACUUCUCUCCUGGUUGUUUUUUGUUCUCCCCGACUGCAGAAUGGACAGAGCUGCAGGUUUCUGAGGAGUGACAUGUGGAAGACAUAAUGAUAACUUUACAUUUUUUGAUGUUUUUUUGGUUAUGGGACUCUGUUCUUCUUCAAGAGUCUGUGCCCAAGAAAAAUGGAAGCUUCAUCCAGCCAUCCUCAGCAGUUUCCACAGGUAUAUAUAACGGGACCACCUCUCCCACGAAAGGUCUCCUGUAUGUAAAUACAGAUUUUCUCACUAUCCCUUCCCCUACAGAAGAAAAAUCAGCAGCACUAACAGUGGCAGCGUCUGGUGUUAUCAGCUUCAUUGCCAUUCUGGUGGUGAUUGUACUUAUCCUGGUCUGUGUGGUCAGCCUAAGAUUCAGGUGUCGUCACUGCAAAAAUGUGGAAGAUAAACAAAAACAUCAACAUCCAAUGGUAUCUUACAGCUGCUCUGAUGCUGAAGCUGCAGUUGGCAAGAAAAAUGUCAUGCUGGUCUCCAUGAAAGACUUAAACAUAAGCAACAGCCAAGGUGCUGCAAAAUGUAUUACACAUGAAAAUUGAAGAAACGUUUUAAAAAUGUGUGACUUUAUUUUUAAUCAGUGUGGGGGAAUGCUGUAAGGUAUUUGUUAUUCUGUUUGGGAUAUAAACGCAUGAAGCCGCUUUGUAAAUCAGACCAGUGAUUAAUCUAACCUAAUAUUGUAUACUCUUCAACUUAAGGUAAUUCUCCAACGUAUCUGAUCCUUUAAAUGCAAAUACUGGAUAUUUUACCUGGAACUGUUGUCUCCUAAAUGCAAAACAUGCACUGUACUAUUGAGGUAUGGUCCUUCUCAGCUUUCAACUGGCCAAGAAACCUCUAUUUUUCCUUUGAAAAGUACUCAUAUUGAUGAAAAAAAUUGACCAGUCACUGCUCCCUUACUCUAAGUUCAUUUCAUUGUGGUAGUUGUUAAUUUGGCAUAUUUUAAUUUCAAUGGAGCACACAAAAUUUAUUUCUCAGGAGAAGGAAGUUGGGUGCAGACAGCCACAUUUUAAUGUACAAGCAACUUCUCAUUUGCUUACCUGUGCUCGAAGCCUUGCCCUUGCAUCCCCCCUGCAGAAGUGAGCUUGAAGUUCCUGGCAGAUGCUUGUGUUUGAAAUCCUGGGCAGAGUAUCUGAAAGGGGAAUCUGAAAAGAUAAAUAUCGCCUAUCUGCCCUUUAUUAUUUGUGUUUAUCUUGGCUGUUGAGUUGCCUUUUUAUGCAGAGCUCUCCAUCAUCAAAGUCCCCUCCUGAGUAUUCUUGAAUUGAUGCCAAAGUGAUGCCUUAAUGUCUGAGAGCAAAGUUCCCUGGCUGGGUUUUUUAUACUCCUGGUCAUGUAUUUCUAACAUUUGCAAAGAAUCCUGUCUUCACAUGCAGCUGGAGAAGGGUUUGGAGGGAGGGGGAUCUUCAUUAACUUUCUUUCCAAAGGUAACAUCACACCAUAGUUGUGGUUAGGACCAAGUCAACAGUGUGAUGCAGCAGCUAAAAAAGCCAAUGCAAUUCUGGGCUGCAUCAAUAGGAGUAUAGCAUCUAGAUCUAGGGAAGUAAUAGUACCACUGUAUUCUGCUCUGGUCAGACCUCACCUGGAGUACUGUGUCCAGUUCUGGGCACCACAGUUCAAGAAGGAUACUGACAAGCUGGAACGUGUCCAGAGGAGGGCAACCAAAAUGGUCAAAGGCCUGGAAACGAUGCCUUAUGGGGAACGGCUUAGGGAGCUGGGUAUGUUUAGCCUGGAGAAGAGAAGGUUAAGGGGUGAUAUGAUAGCCAUGUUCAAAUAUAUAAAAGGACUAGCUGACCCGGCCACGCGUUGCUGUGGUUCUUUCCUGUGAUUCCCCCCACUCUGUCCGGACACAUGACUUAUCCUGCCCCCUCCUCCCCCCACCCCCUGGUUCAUCCCUGUGACUGGCCCCACUCUGUCCUGACCAAUGAGCUAUCAAGUCCCCUUCUCCCCCCACUCCCGUGGCACAUCCCUGUCACUGGCCCCACCCUGUCCUGACUCAUGAGCUAUCGACCCCCCACCCCC